GAUUAAUGACUACUCAGUGUCUGGUCCUGGACCCUGUUCUCAUACAUGCCUUUCAUUAUUGCCUUGGUAAUAAUAUAUUCUUUGAGUUUACAGAGAGCUUUAAAUUCAUUGGAGCUACUAAUCUAGAAUAGGGUGGUCCACAUAAGUUUUCUAUCAUAUGUAUUUUUUAAAUUAUAGCCCUUUAAAAAUGUAAAAAAUUUUCUAAUCUCAUGGGCCCUAUAAAAACAAAUCUCACUGUGGUUUGUCAGUCUGUCUAAAAUGAUGCUGUCUAAUAGAAGUAGGAAUUAAAGAGAUUUGCCGGAGGUAAAAGGUCCUCAGACCAAAAAGUAUGAGAAUUACUGGUUCAGGAUAUAGCUUCUCAACCUUUUCCAUAUCAUGGAACACACAAGAUGAAAUUAUUACUGUUUUCCCCCAGUGUGUACUAUAUAAAUAAUCUCAUUUUCUGUUUGCACCAUUUCCAUUUCCUGCCUGUGGGUGAGGCCACAGAAAAUACGACUUCAAAGAGGAAAACUUGUGAUUUGCUGUAGGGAAAAUCAUUCCAACAUGAUAAUAAAUCUGGGAGGGGUGAUAAGUCCUAGAGAAUUGUGAUUGCUGGAGUAAGUGAGCCUCGGGCAGUGCAAGGAAUGGACCUCCAUUCUUGAAUGACUUUGUUUGUCCUGGGCCCUUGUUCUGUCUAAAGUCAAGCACUUGCUAAGGGUUUCCGGUUCCGGUGUAACGUUCGGGCUCCGUCUCAGGGGCUGAAGUUUGUGAGGUGCAGUAUCAAGUUCUAUUUGAUCUAUCCUUCUCCUUUUCCCAAAGAAUGGCACUGUCUAAGAGGGAGCUGGAUGAGCUGAAACCAUGGGUAGAGAAGACAGUGAAGAGGGUGCUGGGUUUCUCAGAGCCCACAGUGGUCACAGCAGCAUUGAACUGUGUGGGGAAGGGCAUGGACAAGAAGAAGGCAGCUGACCAUCUGAAACCUUUCCUUGAUGAUUCUACUCUCCGAUUUGUGGACAAACUGUUUGAGGCUGUGGAGGAAGGCCGAAGCUCCAGGCAUUCCAAGUCUAGCAGUGACAGGAGUAGAAAGCGAGAGCUAAAGGAGGUGUUUGGUGAUGACUCUGAGAUCUCCAAGGAAUCAUCAGGAGUAAAGAAGCGACGGAUACCCCGUUUUGAGGAGGUGGAAGAGGAGCCAGAGGUGAUCCCUGGACCUCCAUCAGAGAGCCCUGGCAUGCUGACCAAGCUCCAGAUCAAACAGAUGAUGGAAGCAGCAACACGGCAAAUUGAGGAGAGGAAAAAACAGCUGAGCUUCAUUAGCCCCCCUACACCUCAGCCAAAGACUCCUUCCUCUCAAUCAGAGCGACUUCCAAUUGGCAACACUAUUCAGCCCUCUCAGGCCGCUACUUUCAUGAAUGAUGCAAUUGAGAAGGCAAGGAAAGCAGCUGAACUACAAGCCCGUAUCCAAGCCCAGUUGGCACUGAAGCCAGGGCUCAUUGGCAAUGCCAAUAUGGUAGGCCUGGCCAAUCUCCAUGCCAUGGGCAUUGCUCCCCCGAAGGUGGAGUUAAAAGAUCAAACUAAACCUACACCACUGAUCCUAGAUGAGCAGGGUCGCACUGUAGAUGCAACAGGCAAGGAGAUUGAGCUGACACACCGCAUGCCUACUUUGAAGGCCAAUAUUCGUGCUGUGAAGAGGGAACAGUUCAAGCAACAGCUAAAAGAAAAGCCUUCAGAAGACAUGGAGUCCAAUACCUUUUUUGACCCCCGAGUCUCAAUUGCCCCUUCCCAGCGCCAAAGACGUACUUUUAAAUUCCAUGACAAGGGCAAAUUUGAGAAGAUUGCCCAACGAUUACGAACAAAGGCUCAACUGGAAAAACUGCAGGCAGAGAUUUCACAGGCAGCUCGAAAAACAGGCAUCCAUACUUCAACUAAACUGGCCCUCAUUGCUCCUAAGAAGGAGUUAAAGGAAGGUGAUAUCCCUGAAAUUGAGUGGUGGGACUCUUAUAUCAUCCCCAAUGGUUUUGACCUUACAGAGGAAAAUCCCAAGAGGGAAGAUUAUUUUGGAAUCACAAAUCUUGUUGAACAUCCAGCCCAGCUCAAUCCUCCAGUUGACAAUGACACUCCAGUUACUCUGGGGGUAUAUCUCACCAAGAAGGAACAGAAGAAACUUCGGAGGCAAACAAGGAGGGAAGCACAGAAGGAACUACAAGAGAAAGUCAGACUGGGCCUGAUGCCUCCUCCCGAACCCAAAGUGAGAAUUUCCAAUUUAAUGCGAGUACUAGGAACAGAAGCUGUUCAGGACCCCACGAAGGUAGAAGCCCAUGUCAGAGCUCAGAUGGCAAAAAGACAGAAAGCGCAUGAAGAGGCUAACGCUGCCCGAAAACUUACAGCAGAACAGAGAAAGGUCAAGAAAAUUAAAAAGCUUAAAGAAGACAUUUCACAGGGGGUACACAUAUCUGUAUAUAGAGUUCGAAAUUUGAGCAAUCCAGCAAAGAAGUUCAAGAUUGAGGCCAAUGCUGGGCAACUGUACCUGACAGGGGUGGUGGUACUGCACAAGGAUGUCAACGUGGUAGUAGUGGAAGGGGGCCCCAAGGCCCAGAAGAAAUUUAAGCGUCUUAUGCUGCAUCGGAUAAAGUGGGAUGAACAGACAUCUAACACGAAGGGAGAUGAUGAUGAGGAAUCUGAUGAGGAAGCUGUGAAGAAAACCAACAAGUGUGUACUAGUCUGGGAGGGUACAGCGAAAGAUCGGAGCUUUGGGGAAAUGAAAUUCAAACAGUGCCCUACAGAGAACAUGGCUCGGGAGCAUUUCAAAAAGCAUGGGGCUGAACACUACUGGGACCUUGCGCUGAGUGAAUCUGUGUUGGAGUCCACUGACUGAGACUACUGCAAGCCCUGCCUCUCCCCCUUUGCCUUUGUCUCUUCAGUCUUCUCUCUUAUCCUACUUCCCAUCCCACCUCCACUUGUUUGUGUGAUCUCAAGAACUGUGCCAAGCAGACACUGGGACAGAGGGAGAAUACCUUGCUCCCUUUCCCAGUCAGCCUGGUGCUGCCUUUUAUUCCCCUUAUGUGUAUAUGAUUAAAGAGUUAUUUUUAAA